AUGGAUUUCAACGACCAGACAUUCCACGAUCAGUCGUGGAUGCUGACAGAUUCGGCGUUCUCAAACACUUUCCAACCAGCGAGCUCAUUCACUGGUGCAAACAAACUCGACUUCCUCGCUUCGGCGGUCCAGAGCGAGAUCUUGCGGCCAAGCACAUCGGAUUUGACAGUUUCGAGCUCGGCUUCUGCUGCUAGAGCUCAAACUGAAGCUCAAGCGUGUAUAUGUAAAUGGCAACAUGCACCCGGUGUCCUCUGCCUCGCCGUCUUCGACGCCCCCGAAGCCCUUCACAGACAUAUCAAGACCGGACACGUAGACAACUGCACACACUGCUUCUGUCAAUGGGAAGGUUGCGAAGCACACUCUAAAGAUUUCAAGCAGCGCUCCAAGCUGUCUCGUCACCUUCUUGGUCACGCGGGUUAUCGCCCAUAUGCUUGCAGCUACGAGGGAUGCGAGAAGACGUUUGCCACCAACCAAGCAAAGGACAACCACGAGAGAACACACACAGGCGAGAGGCCAUAUGUAUGUGACCGUUGCGGUUACACAACAACGACACAUACACAACUACAAACACACAUCAGUGCGCUACACGAGGGUAAGAAGCCGCAUAAAUGUCGGUUCUGCGAGUUUACAUGCGCCGACUCGAGUAAUUUGAGCAAGCAUGAGAGGACACACCAAACGCUACGACCAUACAGAUGUCCCCACCCAAACUGCACAUUCAAGCCCGACUGCCGCUGGGAGAACUUGAAGCGGCACUUGCGUCGUUCGAGUCACUGCCCGCAACUCCUGGUAGAAACCAGCGAAGAGUACAAGUCCUACCGCGAAGGUGUACGGCGUGAGAUCGACGACUGGCAUAAGCGAAACGAAGAUGGUGGCCUAGGAAAGGCCGGUAGGAGGAAGGGCAGAGCGUAG